AUGCUGAAAUUCCAAGAGACUAAGUGUGUGAGCGGGUGCACAGCCACUUCCAAGCAUCCAGCUACCUUGAUUGCAAGAAGAUAUGUUCUUCAGCAGAAACUUGGCAGUGGAAGCUUUGGAACUGUCUAUCUGGUGUCAGACAAGAAAGCCAAACAGGGGGAGGAGCUAAAGGUACUCAAGGAGAUCUCUGUUGGAGAAUUAAACCCGAAUGAAACUGUUCAGGCCAAUGUGGAAGCCCAGCUCCUUUCCAAGCUAAAUCAUCCAGCCAUUGUCAAGUUCCAUGCAAGCUUCAUGGAGCAGGAUAAUUUCUGCAUUAUCACAGAAUACUGUGAGGGCCGAGAUCUGGACUAUAAAAUUCAGGAACAUAAAGAAGCUGGGAAAAUCUUUCCUGAAAAUCAGAUUGUGGAAUGGUUUAUCCAGUUGUUGCUUGGAGUUGAUUACAUGCACGAGAGGAGGAUACUCCAUCGAGACUUGAAAUCAAAGAAUGUAUUUCUGAAAAAUAAUCAGCUUAAAAUCGGGGAUUUUGGAGUUUCUCGACUGCUAAUGGGAUCGUGUGAGCUGGCUACAACUUUAACCGGGACUCCCCAUUAUAUGAGUCCUGAGGCCCUGAAGCAUCAAGGCUAUGAUGCCAAGUCUGACAUCUGGUCACUGGCAUGCAUUUUAUAUGAGAUGUGUUGCAUGGAUCACGCGUUUGCUGGUUCCAGUUUUUUGUCUGUGGUUUUAAAGAUUGUUGAAGGCGACACACCUUCACUCCCCGAGAGAUUCUCACAAGAACUAAAUACCAUCAUGGAACGCAUGUUGAACAAGAGUCCUUCCUUGAGACCAUCUGCUAUAGAAGUUUUAAAAGUCCCUUACAUCGAAGAGCACCUUCAGCACCUGACGAGUAAAUAUUCAGACGCGACGCUAGAAGGCAAGAACUCGGUUUGUCAGAAGGAUGCUGUUCAUAUAAUUAGUGCCAUGCAGAAAAAGAUUCACCUGCAGACUCUGCAAGCCCUGUCUGAAGUGCAGAAAAUGACCCCAAGGGAAAGGAUGCGGCUGAGGAAGCUGCAGGCCGCUGAUGAGAAAGCCAGGAAGCUGAAAAAGAUUGUGGAAGAAAAAUAUAAAGAAAAUAGCAAGCGGGUGCAAGACUCAAGAUUCCAGGAGUUUGAACCUCUAGGAGUUGGUGUGCCCCAUGAAUUAGAUGAACGGACUUCGGAGAACCUGCCUGACCCUCAGUCCCUUCCUUCCCUGGACCUCGACGAUGUUGAGUCAAGUUUAGACGACACCAUAGUUGGCCUUGGACAUUAUGGGAUCCCAGAAGACCCGCUUGUUGCUGAAGAGUAUUAUGCCGAUGCAUUUGAUUCCUGUUCUGAGGAGAGUGAGGAGCAGGAGGAAGAAAUGGUGUUCUCAGAAGCAGAGGGACAAAUGAGGGACAAGGGAGCCCCACCUGCUUACAGAACAAACCAACAGGACAGUGAUAUUGAAGCCCUGGUUGGGUGUUUGGAAAAUGUCCUGGGUUGCACCUCUCUAGAUCAGCUGUGCAGAAGCUAGGAACGGAAGUGUUUGAGGAGGUCUACAAUUACCUCAGGAGGGCAAGGCAUCAGAAGGCCUGUGAAGCAGAGAUCCGGGAGCACCUGGAGACGGUGGUUCCUCGAGCCAGCGACUGCUUUGAGGUUGACCAGCUCCUCUACUUUGAGGAGCAGCUGCUGA